GAGCCAUCAGCUGNGUUCCGUUGCUAUUCCGGGAACCACCUUGCACUAUCAACAAGGAGCCAUCAGCUUGUGCCGAUGCUGUACACCAGUCUACGGAUGGAACGGAACAUUCACAAUUUGUCAAAGUAAUGGAAAGUCAGAUCAACUGACUCCUUGUGGUGACGGAUUUCACAACUGGAACAGUCCCUUCUCAUCCGCGGAGUAUGUCGAAGUCUCUGAACACGCUUACUGGGUGUGCCAAAAACAAAACCCCUUAUCCGAUUCGGACAUUCCACAUGUGAUUUGGAAGCAACAGGAGUUCAUUGUUAGAAAGGGCAAGUCCAUCACACUUUUGGCUGAAGUUCACUCGUCCACAAAGGUGGUCAGGGUUGCUUUACUCCACGAAAAUGUGAAAUUUCCCCUGUUAGAUCCGAAAAUGUCAAGUGACGUCUUUCCGCACUACGAUCACAGCUACACCGUGCACUUCACGCUCAGAAACGUGACGACAUCAGAUGGUGGCCGGUACUUCAGUGUGGCCACCAACAAACAGACUAGUGGAUGGAGUGGUAUAACUCGCCUGGCAGUUCUGAAUGGUAUGUAGGUCAGUUUUUAUCCUGAGGGAUCAAACAAUAAAAUCUAAGAAAUGAUCGAAGUGAUGCAAAUAUAUGCGUUCACUUGCUUAGAGAAUCUAUCACUAAUCCAAAUCGCUUGCGAAUAUUGAUUCAGAUGUAUUAAAUUAUGUACGUCUUUAACAUAUUGUUUUUAUUGUCACGAAACAUCAUUGUACGAGUACCAAAUAGGUACA